ACGGGUGGUCUCGGAAAUCCGUAAGAAUCGAACUCGAGUUUAGACUUUCUUUCAACGUUCGAGGUGCAUUUUCGUUGCAAAAUGGAAGCCACGAUGAGCGACAGAUGGAGGAUCACAAUAGUUGUGGGUACGGGGGUGAUUUCACUUUUGGGGAUGGGUGGCCUUCUUAAGAGUAUAGAAGAUUCCCCCGAUCAAUCAUCUCGCAGCUACGAUAGAGGGGCCGUUGCCACGGAUACACCAAAAUGCUCUGAAAUCGGACAAAACAUCCUUAACGAUGGCGGUUCCGCAGUGGAUGCUGCCAUCGCUGCCAUGUUCUGUUUGGGUGUGGUCAGCAUGCACUCAUCAGGGAUAGGAGGUGGGGGAGUGAUGUUGGUGUACAAUCAAACAUUUAAGACAGCAACAGUCAUCGACUUCAGAGAAACUGCCCCAGCCACAGCCGACAAGAACAUGUUUAAAGAUAACAAGGAAAAAGCCGACAAAGGUGGUCUGUCCAUCGCUGUUCCAGGUGAGGUGCGCGGUAUGCAUGAGGCUUGGAAACGACAUGGUCGGUUACUAUGGAAACACCUUGUUCAACCCGCCAUCGAUUUGGCCAAAAAUGGGUUUAAAGUUACUAAAGCACUGGAUGAUGUACUUAAAAACACACCUAGAAUUGAGGAGGAUAUUGAGAAAGACCCAGGUUUAAGUGAAUUGCUCCUGGUUGACGGAACGCUCGUUAAAGAAGGAGUCGAAAUAAAGAAUGAAAAGUACGCAACGACCCUUGAAAAAGUGCGGGACGAUCCAAACUCUUUUUAUAUCGGAGCUCUCGCCAAAGAGAUAGUUUCUGAUAUUGCGAGAGUCCAUGGAAAGGUGACUGACACAGAUUUAAAAUAUUAUUAUCCGAUCCCGAGAAAUCCAUACCGGAGAGAACUCAUGGACAUGAAAAUGUACCUGACCCCACCCCCGACAAGUGGCGCCGUGCUUGGACUCAUAUUGAAUAUUUUGCGAGGGUACAAUAUGAAGUCGUCAGCCGUUCAGGACAAGAAGUCCACUGUGCUUACGUAUCACAGAAUUAUCGAAUCCUUUAAGUUCAGUUAUGCUUGGCGCAGUCGGCUUGGAGAUCCGCAGUUCGAUUCAAACAUCUGGAGAAGAGCAUUACAGAUGUUGGAUCCAAACACUGGUAAUCGCAUCCGUACCAAAAUAUGGGAUAAUAAGACCCACAGAGAUGUAAGGUAUUACGCAGAUUCCUUUUCAAACGCUGAUUACGGUACGACACACGUGUCUGUUCUGGCCCCUAAUGGAGACGCGGUUUCCGUGACAUCUACUAUCAACAUGAGGUUUGGUGCUAAAUAUCGAUCCACCACCACAGGCAUUAUCUACAACAAUGAAAUGGCAGAUUUUGAUAUUCCUGAUCACGAAAGAGUGGAUGGUAUUUCUCCCUCCCCAGUCAAUUUUCCAGGGCCUGGCAAGCGACCGUUCUCCUCCAUGUGUCCCACUAUUUUAACCGAUAACGACGGAUAAGUUCGGCUUGUUAUCGGUGCCUCUGGUGGGAAAAUGAUAACCACAGCUGUGUCUCUGGUCUUGAUGAACAAACUCUGGUUCGGUUAUGACUUGUCUAAGGCGGUAAAUGAACCGCGAUUGCAUUCGCAAUUGGUGCCUGAUCAAGAAGUAUUUUAUGAAAAAGACCACCCCAUUAAAGAUAACGUAAUAGAAGGCUUGAUAGAGCUAGGUCACAAAGUCGCCGGCAGUGAUAUUUUUGCUGUGGUGCAGGCGAUUUCUAGGGAACCUCGAGGAAAAAUAUAUGCCAAGUCUGACCCGAGAAAGCAUGGUGAGCCCGCGGGUCAAUAACUGUUAGGUCCCGUGGCACUCGCCUAACCUUAACUUGCUUUAAAAAGCUACCUAGAGUAGUAGAAACCCUAUAUUCUAUAAAAUUGGCAGACAAAAUGCUAUGAGGCUGAGAACCAGUAAUAAAGGAUAGAAAAUGCAUUUUCUUUUUCAUUUUUAUAGCAGUUAUCGGACAUCUUUUGCCGAAAUUAGCGUUUGUAGAUAAUAUUUAUAAACGAUCUUAGCUUAUGAUUCCUGUCUGUGAUAGGGUCCUCGAACAUUGUUUUGUUUUGAAUCAUGAUAAAUGAAACGGACAAAAGCGUUGAUUUCAUUCACUCUUUUUGCAUUGAUUUAAUUCUCUUAGAAUUACCUUUUCAUUACGUUCGACUCAGCUCGUCAUGGAUGCGUUGAGUUUGCUUUGCUUAGGUACAAAAUACAUGCUAUAGAUUUAAUAAAAGGAACUGUUUACAGCA